AUCUCAUACUCGCCUGCUUCACUUCUCUCCCCUUGAGUUGAUUGCGACUCUCUACUCAGCACGGGCUGGUUUCUGCGGGUCUGUCUUGUAGCUGUUUUCAUCUUCUUUUCUCCUCCAUCUGAACACCUCUCUUCCUCUCUCCAUCAUGAGUCUGAGUCGCACAAAGAGAAUCAGCUCCAGUAACUCAGUCCGGUGCAGUAGCAGCUCCAGGAGGCUGAGUGGGUUCGGUCCAGUUCAGGGCGGUUUCAGCGGGAUCUCCCUGAGCAGCAGCUCUCUGUAUGCAGGGACAAAUGGGCAUCACCACGGCCUGGGGACCCCGCUGGCAUCUCUGUCCGUCAAUAAAAGUCUACUGGCCCCUCUCAAUCUAGAGAUUGACCCCAACCUGUCAAUGAGCAGAGCCCAUGAAAAGGAGCAGAUGAAGAGCCUCAACAACCGCUUCGCCAGCUUUAUAGACAAGGUAAGCAGCUUAACAGGUUACCAGUUAAUAGCUGCUGUUGGUGAGUUUAAAGUAAAUUUAUUGUACACGGUAUUCAGUUUGUUUGUUUGUGUGUGUGUGUGUGUGUGUGUGUGUGUGUGUGUGUGUGUGUGUGUGUGUGUGUGUGUGUGUGUGUGUGUGUGUCCACCUGGGGAUUUAAAGUCUAUAGGUCUUUCCCUUUAGCUGUUAUUGGUUUCUAUCGCCUCUUGAGGGACAUGUCUGUCUCUUUGGCUGCUAGAUCUUCCACUGUGUCCUCCAGAUAGACUUAAAAGCCAUGUGAACAACAAAAGCAAAGAGCAAAGUCAUUCAUGAUUUUAUAACUUAUGCCCACUUACUAACAGAAUCAUGUGUUUAGUCCUGCUGGUAAAUAUCAGUACCUUCAGAACUGCCUGGAAACUCAACUUUAGCAUAUCUGGCCAAACAGAAUCCAGUUUGGUGACCUGUUAGCGAGGCUCAGUACCAGGAUCCCUCUGACUAACAUCAACAACAGUGUUCAGUUUCAGCAACUGUCCAUCUAUCUCCAGUGAGCUCUUGUUUCACCAGCCACACUAAAGUCAGCUGAAACCUGUCAUACCAAAGCAUUAAUAACACAAAUAAACACCUUAAAUGACAUUAAUCAGGCAAAAAAAUUAACGAAGUGGAUAAAGGAAGUGGAUUUGCACAAAGUCUAACUUCAGGAUUUGUCAGGUCUGUCAGCAAGAUAGGAUGAAAACAACUUUGGAAAUACUUUUUUUUCAUUGGGUUUGGUUAAGGUGUUUCUGAUGUGCCAUUGUACGUCAGUAAAAAGUGACAGAGUCUUGCACAGAAUUUUCUCUUAAGUUAAAUUGUGUCUUUGCAUCUGUGUAGAGUCAUGCAUACUUGUGUCAGUGCAUUUACAUAUAAUGAUGAAGGAUGUGUGGAAACACUUCCUCAAAUUUUGGUCUAGGUUCACCUACAGUUUAAAGCUAAAACUGCACUUCUAACUGGAUUGUCUCAAUAAUUUUGAUAAUGAAAGAAAAAAUAUGAAUAAAUUUUUAGAUUAUUGUUGUAGUUGCUUUGCAUGGAAAUUUGUGACUUUGCAUCAACUAAAUAUUUAAAGACACACACAAUUCCUGCUCUUUGGUCAUGUGCAGGUAGUUUUUUUGUGAUUUAAGGAGCUUUUGUUCUUGACAUGGGGACCUGUUGUGGCUUGAAACCAGUAGAAAGUAUCAGAAAAGAAUGAAAAUGAGGGAAUCUGUGGUUUAGAAGGUCAUUUUUUGUCCUUAAGUAUAAUCCCCAGGUAUACCUGUCAGAUUGUCAUAAGAAAAUAUUAGCUCCUUUAAGAACUGAUGCCAUAAUUUUAGGGUCAUAAUCAUGAUAUGAUAGAAAUAUUUUAACUCAUUCAUAGUGGAUGAAUUGGUGAUAAAAAUGUUCCUCAAAUUGAACAUGACACCCAGAGUCUUGACACUUACGGAUCAGGCUUGUCGCAUUAAAGAAGUGAAUCUGGGUGUUGAUGUUCCUGAAGGACACAGCUCUCACUAAUUUCUCACAGGAAGAGAGAAAGAGAGCAGCUUUGUGAUAACGUCCGAUAUUGAUACCGUACUUAGGGAACAUCUCUGCGUUCUCACGGAGUCGAUAACACACUCACACAAAAGAGGCUUUGUUUGCUUCUCACACCAGCAGAUGCACUUCAGGAAAACAGAGGCAGAUUCAUGAGCUGGAUGAGGUCUCUGUGUCCCAGUGUUCAGGUAACCAACAAAUCAGUUCAAAGACUGAAAGUUGUGGAAAUUCUUGGAAAAAUGUUUGAGCCCAUCCGUCUGUCUACCUGUGAAUUAUCACUUCAACAUGACGUUCAUGUCUUGUAACAUAAUGAAAACGUAGCAUCUGAAACCUGAGAGAUAACUUUGGGGUAUUUUAGCUCACCUUUCGUUCAACAGGACAUGUUGAGGAGGCACAACUCAUCUUUAUGUACAGUUUUUAAAUGAUGGCAAAAGAAACUCAAAGUUCCUUGGGCUCUGGGAAAUGUUGAAUGCUUUUAACGACAGCAGAUGCUCACAGGCAGAGUGGAGUCCACUGACGACUAAACAGACCCCUGCUGAAACCCAACCUGCCUGAUCCCAGCAGCUCUGAAAUUUUAAAGAGCUGCUCCCCUCAUGCAGAGAGCUAAUUAGUUUGAUGCAUCAAGAACACAAAGUUAUGUUUGUUUCAGGAUGACAGCCCUGCUACGAGGUAAAUGAGGGGUCAGUGACACAAGAUUACAGGGAAAUAUGAUAGUAUGUAAUGGUGCUAGUUAGUGUAGAAAUGAUCCCUGAGGAGCUCUUUACAAGGUUUGGAGGUUAAUCCGGAAAAACAGCCAGAAAGUCUGUGACUCAUCAGGGAUUUAAAGCUCCAUUUAAAGCCAAAGUCAGGGGUUUUGGAUCGCUGGAUAUUGAAACUUUCUGUCCCAUUCUAGUCCAUUUAGUUUGGCUGUAACCUGAUAAAGCGGGUCAGGCACUGAGUGGUGGCAUCUCACAGGGAGAUUAUUCUGGUCUGAACAGGACACAGGCUUUGUGUUUGGAGGUGGAGGUAUGAAAGGUGGGGGAUAGAUUCCAUUGCUGCGGGCAGGAAACUCGAGCUGAGCAGGUACAGUCAGGUGGAGACUUUCACAUCGAGCUGGUGAUCUGGUGGAACAACGCUAUCACUUUAACCCCUGCCUGUCCAGAGAAGGACAUCCACCUGAAGCCUGAACUUACUGUAUUUUCUUCAUGACCUGUGAUGUAUUUUGGCGUAAAACUGUAGAGAAAGGUGAACAUUCCCAUUGCAAAUUCCCAGAAGUAGUUGUCUUGAAUUUGCAUGCUUGGUUCACCCACAGCCCACCCGAGAAACAACAGCACUGUAGACAAAAGCAGCAAAGGGUUUGUUGUAAAGACGCAGUGAGGUCUUACAGUGAGAUCUUCUUUCUCAUUAUCUAACAGGUGCGUUUCCUGGAGCAGCAGAAUAAGAUGCUGGAGACCAAACAUGAGCUGCUGCAGAGUCAGGGGGUGAGCCGCUCUAAUGUAGAGCCCCUGUUUGAGGCCUACAUGGCGGGUCUGAGGCGCCAGAUGGACCUGGUCAACAAUGACAAGACCAAACUGGACGGAGAGCUGAGGAACAUGCAGGGCCUGGUGGAGGACUUCAAACACAAGUUAAUAACACACCACUUGGAAAUUAAGUCCCAAACUUUGGUGACAACAAAGUUUAUAUCAUGUGUGUUGGUCUCUGUCGCAGAUAUGAGGACGAGAUCAACAAGAGAAACAACCUGGAGAAUGACUUUGUGAUCCUAAAGAAGGUCAGUGCGAGAGCACACACACACACACACACACACACACACACACAUUCAUGCAGGUGUGGUCAGUAAAACGAACCACUGUGUUGUCCUCUGUCAUUGUUCUCACUCUUUAAUCUCUACAUUCCCACAUAAAAUCCACUACACUGGAACAACAACCAGACACAACUGCCAAAGUCAAACAUGAGGGAAUUUGUCUGAGUGGGAUUUACAGAAAAGUCUUUGUGUGUGUUUUUGAUUCCUCUGUGUUCAGGACGUGGACUCAGCCUACCUGGUGAAAGCAGAUCUGGAGGAUAAAGUUGGAGCUCUGACUGACGAAAUUAACUUCCUACGAAACAUCUAUGAGGAGGUUUCAGAACUUUUUCAAACUUUGAAAGCUUCCAAGUCUUAACCCUUCAGUUUUGCUCUGUUUGCACACUUUUCCCACUGGUACUCAGAAAUUUCUCUGAAAAUCUGAUUUCAUUGUUGUGGCCAGAUCCUUUGCUGAGUUCAGAAAGUUCCCUGCUGCUUUCAUUCAUUUUUAUCUUUUUGUCUGCUGUAGGAGCUGCGUGAGCUGCAGGCCAGUAUCAAGGACACAUCUGUGGUGGUGCAAAUGGACAACAGUCGCAGCCUGAACAUGGAGCAGAUCGUAGCAGAGGUCAAAGCUCAGUACGAAGAGAUCGCAGCCCGCAGCCGAGAGGAGGCCGAAGCUUGGUACAAGAGCAAAGUAAGCAACAAGUGUUUAACCAAGAAGAAGAUAUGCAAAGAUAUCAUGUAUACGUUACAGAGCCGUGAGGAACCAGCUCAAGACAACAUUUGUGAUUCACCAAAACUGUAACCAGCUCUUUACUCAAAGAUAAGGUACAUUGCCCUCUCUCUGCACCCUCUGCAGUUUGACCAGAUGUCGGUCCAGGCGAGCCAGUUUGGAGAUGAGCUUCGCAUCGUAAAGGGGGAGAUCGGCGAGGUCAACAGGCUGAUCAGCCGACUGCAGAGUGAGAUCGAGGCAGUAAAAGCUCAGGUACAUGAAAACAGGAUCAAAGGUGUCAUGUACUAACUAUGUUGUGUUUGAGCGGACUCUGAUCCAGACCUGGUGUAUUCGGUUCUCAGCGUGGGGGUCUGGAGAACCAGCUGGCUGAAGCAGAGGAGCGAGGAGAACUGGCUGUGAAAGAGGCCAAAGCUCGAACCAGAGACCUGGAGGAUGCCUUGCAGAGAUCCAAGCAAGACAUGGCCCGACAGCUCAGAGAGUACCAGGUGAGACAGAAAGGACCAGGUACAACAAGGGGUGCCAAUAAAACAGGGGGAACCAAGUAAGAUGUGUGUACCAGGUGAGACGGAAGAUACUUAGUGGGGCAGAUGCUGCAGGAGAGACAGUCUAAACCAGAUGAAGGUGACUGGACUGGAUGAGACAAGAAGGAUUAUGUGAGACAGAGGGUACCGGAUAAAACCAGAGGUUAUGAAGUGUGGUUUAAGAGGACCAGGUAUGACUUUGGGUUUCAGGUAAAACAGGAGAUUCCAGUUUAGAGAGAGGAUACCAGGUGAGACAAAGAGAAUCUGUUUCAGUAUCUGGAUCAUGUUGAUCCAGUCUAUUUAAACUUUUAAAUAUCAGAAAUGUAAUUCUGGUUCAAAUUAGACUUUCUUAACAAUUGCACCAAGAUUAAGAAUUUCUUCUCCUUCCGCAGGACCUGAUGAACCUGAAACUUGCUCUUGACAUUGAGAUCGCCACCUACAGGAAGCUGCUGGAGGGGGAGGAGGACAGGUGAGAGGAAAAGGAUAUUUCAUGAUUUAAAAGUAAAUAAAAUGACUGCCUCACACUUUAUUGGUCUUUUCUCUGCAGACUCGGGCAGCAGUCCAUCUGCAACAUCCAGGCUGUUUCCAACUACAGUGAGUAACAAACUCUGACAGAUGCAGCUCAGACCUCCACCUGCUCACAGGAGGGUACACCUUUAAAGUUACACAGACAGGUGCAGAGUGUCUGUCUGUAUGUGUGUAUUUAAACCAGUCUUGUAGGUACACUGUACGUAAUCAUGCUCUCCUUUAUAUUCAAAUUGAAUAAAAAACUAAAACACACUCUUGCUCUUGUGGCCAUUUUUAAAAAGAUAAUUUUUCUUCAUUGUUUAUCAAGAAACCUCCAGUUGUUAUGUACACAUAAAAACUGUGAGAACAGAUUUUAUAAAGUUACAGCACAAAGCACACAGGGGGAUUCAAACUAGUAGAAACAAGAACUAUAGAUAUUUUUAGAGCAAAACAUCUAACUUUACGUAAAUUUGUCAUGUUUUUUUAUUUGCUUUUCUUUGUCGUAUGUGAUGUACAGGUGCACAACAAUAGCCAUUUAAAGAUGAUAGUGAGCUAAUUUUUCAACUUUUUAUCAGACAAACAAUGACUAAGUUACAUUUAAUUAAUGAAAAGUAUGAUUUGUAUCAUUGUCUUUAUCUCUGCUAUUGCUUUGCACAAAACUGUUGUGUCAUCUAACCCAUGAAUUUGAUUUUUUAUCCUUAUGGACCGGUUCAAACCCAGUUUACAUAAAACCCCCUGUAGCUCAUUUUCUUCUUUAUCCUCUGACUUGUUUUCACUCGUCACAAAAAUAACAAACUCUUUCCUCUGUUGUUAUCUCUGUCUCUCCUGAUAUUUUCUUUCCCCUGUGUCUCUGUUUGUGCAGGUACUAAGAGUACUAAUGGUUAUCACAGUAGCAGCAGCUCUCCUGCUCCCAAACUGCUGAUAAAGACCACGGAGACCAGAGACACCAGCAGAUACACUACUCACUGAGAGGAAAUAAAACAUGCAUGCACCUUUUUACCGCUACUCCAUCAAUGCAUGAGUAUUAAUGACCAAAUAAUCCAAUAUGUGUAAAACAGCCACAGGGAGCAUGUUUAAACUCUUAAAACUCUUUCCCCCCUUGAUUACGUUGCAUUUUAAAUGAAACUUUUAUGUGAAGGACUUUGAUUUGUUAAAGGGGCAGUUUUUUUCUUUUUUGGUGGGGUUGAAUGAGGUAAUAAUUAUUAGUUAAAGUGAUAAGGGAUCUGAGUUAGCUCAGCUUCUUUGCUGAGUAAUCUGCUGCACAUCUCACCUUUAUCAUGUAAUUUAACACAUUAUCAGAAGUCAGAUCUUAACACUAAUGUUGGCGUAAAUGUGAAGAAUGUUGAGUAAAUACUUUGCGCUUGUCUUUGCUGUCAAAGAGCCACUUUGGAUAUAUUGGUGGAUACUUCACAUUCUUCUGCCCUAUAUAACCCCUCUUCAAAAAAAGAGAAAACUACCCCUUUAAGGAGUAUUUUACAGCAUGCUGUUUCUGUUUUUACAACUGUGCAUGCACCAGUUUACAAAAAUCAAACACCCAUUAUAAACAAAGCAAACAAAAACCACACGUAUUUAUGCGUGUCUGAAGCUAAUUUACCGGCAGGUUUUGCGUAGGGGUGCAAGGGGCUACCUGGUUUUACUUUGUAUUCACUGUAGAAGAAUGACAAAAAAACAAUUUUACAUAAGUCUAAUGGAAAAAAUAGUAGCUGGAAAAGGUUUGUCUAUACUAUAGUUAAGUCACUAUAAAGAUUUGACUGUGUUUUCCUCUGUCUGCUGUUUUCAAGCUCUCUGCCUUACCACAUAUUAUGUAAGACUUCCUUGUAUUUCAGCCAUGAAAUCAUUUUGGUGUUUUCUGUUUCAGGUGUUUAUCUGUAUUACAGUAGUAUUAUUUCUCUAACUUUGCCCUGCCUAUUUUUUUUCCACCAUAAAGGGAUUUUAUUUCUUUGAUAAAUUUGAAGUAUUCACUUACACCUGUGAUCACAAACUUUCUUUAUUUUACAGCUGCUGCUUUCAUCAAUAAAUUUACA